UGUGGGAGCUGGGGGUCACCAUUACUGGAGGGUCUGUGCCGGAAACAGAACAACCUGGCGAGGCUUUUGCCUGUCUGACUAACAAUUGCAUUUUGGAACAUUGGAGAGCUAACCUCAAUUUUGGGACAAGGACAUAUCCAAGGUCGAUAAAAUUGUAAUCAUCCAUUACUUAACAAACCAUUAGGUGUCUAAAAGACUUUUGAUUAAUCGUUACACAACAAACCAUGCAAGUGCAAGUAAUGUGACAGUUCUGGACCUAGAGGCAUUUCACAACACCCAAAGUAGAAUAACAAACAGUUGCAAUUUGGACAUUGAACGGAUAACAUAGGAAGGGAAGACGAAAUGGCGUCGAGUUUGAUCGACGAAAUCUGCGAGGAUCUGUCUUGCGUCAUCUGCUUGGAGAUUCUGACCAGGCCGAAGAUGCUUCCCUGCCAGCACACCUUCUGUCAGGGCUGCAUCGGGCGCGGCUUGGCCGCAACGUUCUUCCGAUGCCCGUACUGCCGACAGCUUACCAGGCUGCCUCCUCAGGGGGUCGCCGGUUUCCCCGACAACCGCAUGGCCGCCAGUCUGUGCGAGAAAGUUCGCCAGCAGUUGGGAGAAAGGCGGCCUCACCUGCCUGGAUCUGGAGCCAUCCAGCAAUUGGACGCGGAUCAUUCCAAUAACCAAGGGCUUCCAAGGAUAGGGGAGGGGAUGGAAACGGGAGAGUUUGAGGGUCCUGUUGGACUCGCAGUGUCCGAAGAAGGGGAGAUCUUUGUAGCAGACACUCAGAACCAGAGGAUCCAAGUCUUCACCCUGCAGGGAAUGUUUGUCCGACAGUUCCCAACAGUCGUGUCGCCCGGUGGAGAGCGGAUGGACCCUCGUGACGUGGCCCUGGACGGGAAGGGGUACCUGUGGGUGGUGGGAAAACGCUGGGAGGACGACCUGGCUGGGUUUGCCGUGCAGUACAUGAAACAGGGCACCGUGCUGCGGAAGUUUGAUCUGCAGGGCACGAGGUGGUUCAGAGGAGUUGCCGUGGACACCAGGAGGAACCGCAUCCUCAUCACACAGACCACAGGAGACUGGGACAACCUGGACAAGCUGCGUGGGGAAGUGCAGGUGUUCCACCCAGAUGGAACACUGGUGGAAACUAUUGGUGCAAGCAACACGUGGUGGGGUUUACUGUCGAGGCAGCAACAGGGACUGAAGCACCCAUUGUACCUUACUGUAGACAGGGAUGGAAACAUCCUGGUGACAGACUGUGACAGUCACUCGGUGUUUGCGUACAGCGAGGACGGACAGUUCCUGUUCAGGUUUGGAGGCGAGGGGAGUGGCGAAGGCCAGCUGAGCCACCCUCACGGCGUCUGUACGGACAGUUCGGGCAACAUCGCCGUGGCGGACACUGGAAACGACCGCGUGGAACUGUUCGACAGGACGGGAAAAUUCCUCCGGCACCUCUCCACGGAGAUCAAGAGUCCGCGGGCCGUUGCCAUGGCAACAGGCGGACAGCUGGUGGUCACCGAUGUGAACCAUAUAGCCACUAUAUUGAAUCUGUAGCUACUGAUUUUGGUAUUAUUGUUUAUCUGGGAGUUCAUUUGGAAAGUUACCUCUAGUGUUAACCCAUACAUGUACAUGUAUGUAUUAGAUAUGUUAUGUAUCAUUAUUAUGUUAAACCCACUUCUAUUUUAGACAUGCUUCCAGUUUGUAAUGAUGCGUGAAAUUUGUUUGUUUUGGAUUAUGGUUAAAGGUGUAGCAUGCCAGGUCUCAUUAUGAUACAAAUGUUUGCAUUAAUAAUUUAUACCGCAUAUCAUAUAUUUAGACCAAGUAUGAUCAUGCAUUUACAUGUAGUCCACCUGGACUGGAAUAUACAAUCAUCAAAGAUUCAUAUCAUUAAUAAUUAAUAGGAUUAUAUUAUGCAUGAUAUAACAUAAAUUAUAGUUCCGAUCGAUGACAGUUGAUGUAUGUUUCCAUUAAUAUUUGAAAGGUGAAAAUCAUUUGGCUGAAAGGGUACAAUGUGUUGGUCUUAUCAUAAAAAAAAGUUCUAUUAUUAAUUGAAUUGUGGAAUAGAAAAUA